UGAACGAGCGCGAGGCGAGCAGGUAGGGUGAAGCGAGCGCGUCGUAUCUGUGUCCUCGUAACGUUCAGUCGGGUAGGCGCGUUUGCACAGCGUCGUUCACGGUUUGGGUGAUAUCGCUGCCCCGCUCGCGGGACGUCUCGACGCGGCACCGUUACAAUUUGUAUACAUGAACGCGUGUGUGACGUGUGCCUAAUUCAUUUCAUUCAAUAUCUGGAUACACAGUCGGUACGUAAAGUAAAUAAAGGUGGGACACGAUGAGAGGCGCAUAUGGAAACAGUGUGUAGUGACCAUUGAAAACGUUGAAGCACGUGGGAUCGAAAAAGGGGACGAAGAGCGUGGGCAAGAGCGGAUACAAAGGAGUGGAUAGACGCCGAGGACGUUGGACCGCCAUUGGAAGUGAAGGUGGAUUCGGGGACCGUUGACGAUGCUGGGAAAAUGUGUCGCGCGACGGUUCGGGGCGAGGCCCCGGCUAGAACUUCUCAUCGCUUCGUCUACGUUGUUCACCUUCGUGCUGCUAUUCUGCGGAACUCUCGCGUCUGCAACGAGAUUGAGGCACUCGAGACACCUGGACGAGAGAUCGCAGUUCCCGGGCGAGGGUAAAUUGUCGCUCGAUGAAAAUCACAAUCACAAGCCGGUAUUCUCCAAUUGCUCAAAUUACGCGCCAGUGUUGAAGGAGGAGCAACCGCCUCAUACGAAGGUGAUUCAGGUGCACGCUGACGAUAGAGAUCCACCAGAAGAUGGAGGUACCGUUACUUAUAGCUUUCUGAUUGCUCCUGGGGAUAGAAUAAAAUUCGACAUCGACAAUAAGACAGGCCUCAUUACGACGACUCAGGUACUCGACAGAGACGAACCUGCUAGAGAAAAGGAAGCUUAUCUCACGAUACUUGCGACUGACAAUGGAAGACCGCAACUGGAUGCCAUUUGCGCAUUAAAAGUCAUCAUCGAAGACGAAAAUGAUAAUAAACCCGCCUUCGACAAAGCGGUCUUUCGUGGAUACAGGUGGAAGUCAUACACGGAAAAUGUGCCGCAAGAUUUACCGGUGGGUCACGAGGUCAUGCGAGUUUCCGCUACCGAUAUUGACGACGGCAACAAUUCCGUCGUACGGUACAGUCUGUCAGCUGAGAGACCGGAUGAUGCUGCAUACUUUCGAAUCGAUCGCGAGUCCGGUGUCAUAUUCCUCAACAAAACUAUAGACCGGAUUCCAAAUUCUAAAUUCAGCAUGAUAGUUACCGCUACGGAUCUUGGCAAAAAACCACAGAGUGAUAGCACUUACUUUGACAUACAAGUUGUGGAAUCGCAUAAGAAAGCGCCAGCUUUUUUACCGAGAUCAUCAGAACCGAUUAAAAUUAAGGAGAAUUUUACAAAUUUCGAUGCCAGCAUUGUCCGUUUGCAAGCAAUUUCCAACAUUGAUAACUCCAGUAAUUGGAAUAAUACUCCGUCCAGUAAUCUACUCUUUGAACUUGUGACUGGCACAACGGAACAGAGUAACAAAGGGAACACUUUUAGAUUAGAAUUCAAUAAAGAUAUAGCAGAUAUUAAGUUGUCUCGACAGCUUGAUUACGAAAGAAACACGCAGUACUCGUUGAUAGUGAGAGUAAAAAACAAUUAUGAGUUAGCUGCCGAAACGGUGGUUGAUAUCGAAGUUCUAGAUGUAAAUGACAACAUUCCAGUCUUCAGUGAUCUCAAACAAGGAAGUGUAUUAGAAAACGAACCCCUAGGAGUUCCUGUGAUGCAAGUGCAAGCUAUUGACGCUGAUGGAACUUCCGCUAAUAAUCAGGUCACCUACGAGUUGGAUAACUUCAAGGACCUCUUUGCCAUCGACCCAAUAACUGGUAAUAUCACAACGUUAAUGACAUUCGACAGAGAACAACAAGAUAUCUACAAUGUGAAAGUAAUAGCGACGGAUAAUUCUCCGAGUGCUUUGUUUAAAACCGGUGAACACAAUAAAGGACAACAAGCAUUCACAAUCAAAAUCGCUGAUAAGAAUGACAAUCCGCCUCGCUUCACUCAGAAAGUUUACACCCAUAAUUCGGUUUACGAAAACGUCAACAUUAACGCGCCCGUAACGGAAGUCACAGCCCGCGAUCUUGAUACGGAGAAUCCUGUCACGUACAGCAUCAUAUCGGGCAACACCGAUGACAGCUUUUACAUCGAGGCUACAACGGGAAAGAUUCGCGUGAACAAGCCACUUGAUUACGAAAAAAUUACCAAAUACAAUCUAACUGUGAGAGCGUUCGACGGCCUGUUUAACGAUACGGCACAAGUUGAAAUUUUUAUCGAAAACGUUAAUGAUAAUCCGCCAGUUUUCGAAGAUUUCGACAAAAAUCCGACGAUAGAAGAAGAAAAAUUGGUAGAAGAUUGUGUAACUACUGUGGUGGCUUAUGAUCCUGAUAUCGAAGAUAGGAAUGCUGAUCAGCAUAUUGCCUACUUUAUCGCCAAGGAAGAGCAACAACCCCUGAUAGGAAUUGACAAAUAUGGCUGUAUGAAACUGAAGAAACCACUAGAUCGUGAUCCGCCGAAUGGUUUUUCAACGUGGACUGUAAUCGUAAUGGCGAGAGAUGAGGAUGGUUCAUCUAUGGCUUUUCGAGAGUCGGUGGUAGUUAAUAUUACCCUCACAGAUAUAAAUGACAACGCACCGUUUCUCGAUAUGCCUCCAGUUAUUUGGGAUGAAAAUAAACCACCUGGCAAGAUAACCGAGUUGAAGGCACGAGAUUACGACUCUGACGAGAAUGGUCCGCCAUUCGAUUUCAGAAUCGAUGACACUGCGGACAAUGAAAUUAGAUCUAAAUUUGACAUACGCGAUAAUAAUUUAUAUGCGCGAGCUGUGUUUGAUCGAGAAAUGCAGAAGAGUUACAACAUUCCGAUUGCAAUUACGGACAGUGGUUUACCGCCUAUGACGGGUACCUCGACGCUCACUGUGAUCAUAGGCGAUGAGAAUGAUAAUCCUAUGCGUGAGGGUUCAAGUUCGAUAUUUGUUUAUAAUUACAAGGGAGAAGCUCCUGACACAGAAAUCGGACGCGUUUACGUUAACGAUCCGGAUGAUUGGGAUCUACCAGAUAAAACUUUUAAAUGGGUUUCUCCUCACGACGGUUUCCAUCUUAAUACCAGUACCGGCAUGAUUACAUUACUAUCGGGUACAUCAAACGACACCUUUGUAUUGCAAUUUGUUGUCACUGAACAAAGUAAACUUAUUCCUUGGCAUCAAGUUCAAGCCUAUGUGAAUGUUACUGUUAAGGAACUUCCCGAAGAAGCUGUUCACAAAUCUGGUUCUGUACGAUUUUAUGGGAUAACAGCGGAACAAUUUGUAGAACCUGACGAAUCUGGUGUCAGUAAAAAGGAUAUAUUCCAAGAGAAAUUGGCAACUAUGCUGAAUACAUCAGUUGAAAAUGUCGACGUGUUCACCGUACUUCAUUCGCCUCAUCACAACAAUAAAAGCUUACUGGACAUUCGAUUUUCGGCACACGGCAGUCCAUAUUACGCUCCCGAGAAGUUGAACACAAUUGUAGCGCAACAUUCUAAAGAAAUUGAACGAGAGAUGAAAGCGGAUAUUUUAUUAAUGAACAUUGAUGAAUGCCUAUUCGAGAAGCUUUACUGCAACGAUUCGUGCCGGAAUCACUUGAGCACCAGCACCGUUCCGUAUGUCGUUUAUACUAACAUCAGCUCGUUUGUCGGUGUUAGGGCGAUCGCAGAUCCACAGUGUACUUGCCACGUCGCGGAACCUGUCGUCUGUUUAAACGGUGGUACGCCUGUGGGAGACCGAUGUGAAUGUCCGCCUGGUCUGGAAGGGCCGAAAUGUGAACUGUUAGGUAUUGGCUUUCACGGAGACGGCUGGGCUAUAAUGCCGCCACCUGAUCAAGCUUGUGACGAGUCACAUUUAGGAUUGGAGAUAACGCCACACGUGGAUAAUGGUCUUGUAUUUUAUUUUGGUCCUAUGACUUACAAUCCGAAGCUUGGAAUUCAGGACUUUAUGUCUCUCGAACUGCAACAAGGCUUCGCUGUAUUGUAUGUUGAUUAUGGAACAGGAACUGUAAGGCUAGAUCAAAAACAAAUUAAAUUAACAGACGGCAAGAGCCACAGAAUAGAUGUUUACUGGAAGAAAACUUCUAUAGAGAUGGUAGUCGAUAAGUGCGGAAUAUCCGCUUGCAUGAGUCUCACUGCACCACAAGGCACUAAUGAAUUUUUGAAUGUUAACAGUCCUAUGCAAGUAGGUGGUACAGUGACUAAUUUAGCGCAUUUAGCUUCGAAUUUAGGAUGGGAUUACAAACCGACUGACAAAGGAUUUAUUGGUUGUAUACGUAAUAUGACAUUUAAUGGAAAUACGUACAGUUUAGGUAUGCCAUCGCUAUCCAGAAAUGCAGAUCCUGGUUGUGAUCAUGGCAUGACAAAGGCAAUCUCUUUCGGAAUUGACACGAAUUUUAUAGUAGCUAUUUUAGUUUGCGUAUUAAUAUUGUUAAUACUGCUUGUGGCGGUAGUUGUGCAUAGAAGGAAGACGGAUGAUUUAUAUAAAGAUAUGGACGAUAUCAGAGAAAAUAUUAUUAAUUAUGAGGACGAAGGAGGCGGUGAGGUUGACACAGGUUAUGACUUAAAUGUCUUGAGAGCCAUUUACGAUGCACCACCUAUUGAUUCAAAGAUAGCUCCUGUUGGUUUACAGAGUAGGGGAACUGACGAAGUUCCAGACAUUUGUGGUUUCCUAGAUGGUAAGAAAGAAAGUUGCGAUAAAGAUCCCGAUACAAAUCCAUUCGAUGAUGUAAGGCAUUACGCUUACGAGGGAGAAGGCAAUUCAGAAGGCGAUUUAUCGUCACUGGCCUCCUGCACUGACGAUGGAGAUCUCAAGUUUAAUUAUCUGUCUAAUUUUGGGCCAAGAUUUAGAAAAUUGGCAGAUAUGUAUGGAGAAGAUCCAAGUGACGAGGAAAGUGACGGAGUUGGUGAACGAGAGAGUGAAAGUUGGUGUUGAGUUUUCCUAAAUGACAUCGUAGAUAUAAAAUUUUGACGCAGAAAACGCACAGUUUGCAGAUCCGUUUCCGAUUGCGUGAACGAUAGGAAUAUAUUUGCAUAAGCUUACUGUGCAAGUUUAUGCAUUUCUAUAGCCUCAGAUUCCAAUUAAUUG